CCCAAACCAAACCACUCCCACAGUCAAACAAAGAAACCCAAUCCCAAUCAAAUCCACAAAUCAGGAAUAGACAAAGAAAAUUAGCUCGAUAUGGAUAGAGGAAAGAGGAAGGACAUAUAUACCAAUAAAAGACGUUUUCGUAUGUUACUGCGGAGAAGUAUAUGAUAUGAGGAAUGAAGGAAAGAAGGGAGAUGUGAAAUGGGCUUUGUGGUCCAGUUUGAGAGUUGAUCUUUGGUUUGGAUGGUCUUGGAUUUUUUGGAGUCUAAUUUAUUUGGAAGCUCGAGAACUGAGAACUGAGAACUGAGAACUGAGAAUUGAGAAUAAAUACGAAACUCUAUCUAGCAAGCUAGAUAACUCCAAAGAAGAUACACAUAAUAGCAUCAACCGCAGCAACAACCAAAUCACCAAAUCACCAAAUCACCAAUCCUCCAAACCUCUCCCCCUCAAACAACCCACCCUGCUUCUCAAAAAUGCCUACCAAACUCCCAUCCACCUCCACCUCCACCUCAAUAUCAACAUCAACAUCAACCACCACUCCAGACCCCACCCUAAUAAUCAAUCGUCCACGCCCCCAAACCUGGAUAUUCAUCCCUGCACCCUCCUCCCCCUCCUCUCCUCCCCCUUCCUCCUCAACCACCAAUCCCAAGCCCCCAUCUCGACCAGACUCAGAUGUAUUUCUCCCCUAUCCACCUCCACCUACUCGUCCACCACCUCUCACACCCUUUGCAUCAUCGAGUCAAACCCAUCGAUAUCCAACUUCCCAGAGUACGAGGACCUCGCAUGAAAAUCGGGAAUUGGAUGAGUGUGAUGCUGGGAGUAUUGGGAUUGGGGUAAAGAAAUCGGAAUGUAUCUCGGGAUUUGAAAAUUGGGAAGGAUAUGAGGUAGAGGAAAAUGAGGGGAAAGAUGAUGAUGAUGACGGCGGUGAUGGAGAGAAAAUCCCACCAUUUACUCAAGCUCUUUUUUUCGAUUCUUUACAAUCGGAUUUUGAUGCUCCUCGAUCAAAUUCUCCAUCCAUAAAUUCCUCCUCGUCAUCGAAUUCAAAUUCAUCCGUCUCUCAACCUCAAUUAUUCCAUCCAAUUUCUCACUGUCGACUCUCUCAACCCUCCAAGCCCCCUCUUUCUCUUUCUCCUUCACCUCCUCCUCCCUCCUCACCCUCACGAACACAAAACCGUCCACCAAUACCCAAACCCAUCCCAUUUAUCCAGAACCUCUCCUCCUCAAAACCCAACACCCAUCCCAGCUCUCACCCAACCUCUCAACCCCCGCCAAGUUCUCACCAACAUCCCGACGAGGAUCUAAACGAUUGGGUAAUGAUUCCACCGGACGUUGAUUCACAUUCACGAUCUUCUUCCCCGUCUCCCCCCUCAUCUCCAACUCCAGCUCCACUACACCCUUCACUUUCCAUCUCUUCCGCACGGCCAAUAUCAAGCGAAGAAGUUACCCCUCAACAAGAACUGACUCGAGAACAAGAGAAAGAAGAACCAAAAACCCCAGAUAUCAUCGAUAGCGCACAGGAAACGGAGAAGAAAAAGGAGAAAGCGAAAGAGCAAAAAAUAAGUACACUAGGCUAUCUAUUUAAUUUCCUGUAUGUGAUCUAUCUUUUCCUUUUCUUUAACUCUCAACCUCAUAACCCAUCAUUCCACACCCCGCCCACAACCCCUUAUCAAACCUCUCCUCCCUCCAGUCCCUCCCCGCCACAAAUCGAAAAAAGAAAAAUCGAAAAAAGAUACUAACAACCCAACCCAACCCCCCCACAGAAUCUCAACAAAAGGAUACGAGUAUGGAUUUGCUUAAUCCAGCCCAUCAUAACCUUACCACACGCCGGAAAUAACGAUAACUAUAACCUUACCGGUACUCUUAUUAUUUCAUCUCAAUCUCAAUCUCAAUCUCAAUCUCAAUCUCAAUCUCAAUCUCAAUCUCAAUCUCAAUCUCAAUCUCAAUCUCAACUCAACCCAACACAUAGGAUAAAGUAAACGUACGAGCGAACGAACGAACGAACGAACGAACGAAAGAGGUAGAUUGAGAAGGAUAUUGAGAAGGAUAUUGAGAAGUACAUCAAUACUAGUCAACAUUCUUAACACCACCAAUGCACUACCACAUCUAAUUAUAAUCUCCCUCACUCUCUCUCAACUCUAUCUCUAAAGAAAACUCUCAAGCGAAGCUCGGCAAGGUGGGCGGAGGGCGGAGAAGAAGACUUACAACGAUGUAUAACCA